ACUUUAGAGUUAUCUCCCUUCAGGCCUCUGUAAAUACGGAACAAGUAACUUUGACAAAAUACACUCUUCUCAUGUCGCGCAGAUUAUGUGAUCAUCGAUCGACGCUUGUGAGAUCGCGCCCUAGAGUGACGGGCGACGGCUGAAGCAGACAGUCGCAACGAUGAGCGCAACCGACAUGUCGGGGAAUUCCUCGAGUCCUGCAAUGAUGAAAGAGGAACUGAAACAAAAGUUUUGUCGUCUGCAUCAGAAAGCCAAGGAACUUGGCUUAAAGGACGACGACUUUAACAAGAUAGAGGCCUUAAGGGAAAUUUCGCAAAGAAACAAGAAGAAAAAUGUUAUAACUUUGUACCUCUGGAAAAGUUUUGGACUGGUUUUCGCCGUGUAUGUUGCAAUCUGUUUGGUUUGGUGUCUGGAGUGGCCGGUGAAAAAUGAUGUUAUGCUCUCAAUAUAUUUUCGGCUUCAAGGCCUAAGUGAAGAAGAUAUUUAUCGCGAACCAUGCGUGUUAGAACCACUGGAAUCCAUGCAAGAUAUGUUUCGGCCACCACUCCCUUGCGACUUCUGUAAAGGGAUAAAUAAAAUCGACAAAGUUGCCAACAUAAAACCAGAGGAAUUUGAAAAUACUUAUGCAUAUUCGGCAAGGCCGGUUGUGAUAACUGACGGGAUGAAAAACUGGACUGCUACUGAAAAGUUUAGUUUUUCGUUUUUCAAGAACAUUUAUAAGGAGGGGAGCCCUGCUCUGGAAAAUGUUGAGAAUAACUGUCAGUUCUUUCCAUACAAAACAUCUUUCAAGAAUUUGGGAGAAGUUUUCCAAAUGGAUGAAGAGAGAGCAACAAUGAAGGAUGGAUCAACGCCCUGGUAUAUUGGAUGGAGCAACUGUGACGCGAAUGCAGGGAACAUCCUGAGACAACACUACAACAGGCCCUACUUCCUCCCACCUGUAGCUGAGUCCAGCAAAACAGACUGGGUCUUUAUGGGAAGUCCUGGAUAUGGAGCUCAUUUACAUUUGGACAAUGUCGGCCACGCCUCCUGGCAGGCCCAGGUGACCGGCACAAAGAAGUGGACGCUUGAGCCGCCAGUCGAGUGCUACCUGGAUUGUGAAGGAACCAUGGAGGUCACUGUCCGACCAGGCGAUAUAAUUGUCCUCGACACCAACAAAUGGUACCAUUCCACCCUGAAUGUUGGAAAUGACAUCAGCAUCACCAUCGGCUCCGAGUAUGAUUGAGAACAACGUUACAUUCGGAAACAGUUCAACUCCAUAUUUGCACUGUCAGUUUUUUGUGGGUAUUAUCUUUAGUUGUCAUUCUCCACUGUUUAUGCUUCAUGGAGACAUCGCCAACUCCGUCUACUGGUUUUUGCUCUAGUUCAUGUUUCUGUGUUUGGUAGUCCAGGUUCAAGUCCAUUUUCAUUAAAAUCAUGAUGAAGAGUGGUCUUCGAUUUUAAUGAAAUUGGGGCUGAAUUUUUAGUGAAAUGGACACUGGAUUGUCUGGUCCAGACUCAAUUAUUUACAGACCGCUGCCUUAUAGCUGGAAUAUUGCUGAGUGUGGCAUUGAACAACAAACAAACCAGCCAAACCAACCAGCUUCCUGUCAAUGAAUAUAUGUUUCAUUCUAAUAUUAAAGCAUUAUCUGGAGACAGUUGUCCUCCUGACAGUAUAACAGCAGGAUUGUUUCUGUAUUUAUUGUUACAAAUAGCUACAUAGUUCUGAAUGCCCAUACAAUAAAUGCCCAUUAUUCUUAAUAUUUCGAAAUCCCUCUAUCUUCCUUCAUGUCCAAUGUUACCUUGUUUUAUUGACAACUGUUGACAUUGUUUGGAAAAGGUAUUCCAUUUUGAUUUGCACAAGAAUCUGUCCGUAUUAUGUGCACAUGCUGUAUCAUAUGCUGUUAUUUGUCUGCCUGUAUUUAGCAAUGGCAGCUGUAUUUAGUUACGAUUUGUCGUAAGUGCUCAAAUAUGUGACAUUUGUUCAGCCAGUCACAUCUAGAAAGCAAUAUUUACUUGGCUAUACUCGUGCUAACAAAGUAUUUGUUUUGGUAUGUCGUGUACAAUGCUGUGCAUGGUUUAAAGCACAGUCUAUAAGUUGACUCUGACAAUGUAUGUUGAUCAUGUUGCUACAUUGUUGAUGAAGGCAGGGAAGUUGUUCCAAUAACAAGGUAUUAGAGAUUAUUUUACAAAUUGAAAGUACAAUCCUUACAUACAGGAUUAAGCAAUACAUUUUCUGUAAUUGAUAGACAUAUUAAGGCCUCAAUGAAUGAAUUUUUGCAUUUUCAUCCAAUUUAUGUUGAAAAUGUGAGUAAUAAGGCAUUUUGGUUUUAUGGGUUUAAAAACACUUUAAAAAUCUGUGUUAAUCUGUUGAAAUAUCUUAUUUACAUGAAGCUGAAAGAUAAGUGAAUAUUGUAGUGAAAGAAGGAACUGAAGUGAUAAAUAUGUUUGUUUUAACAUCACAUUCAGUAGUAUUCCUACUAACAGUACUAUAGGACAGUGGCCUGUAAAUACUCACGUCUUCACCAGGCGGUCUAGUGAUUGAUAUUGUCAACAACUUUCCAUGCUGUCAGAAAUGGAGACAUCAGACAGACAAUCAACAGUCAAAGUCUGGCCAGCAAUAAAUUGAGUGGCCUGCUUACACCAAGCAUUCCCAAUUGCGUAGAUUGAUGCACAUGGUGUUGAUCACUGGAUUGUCUGGUCCAGACUUGAUUAUUUACAGGCCGCUGCCAUAUAGCUGGAAUAUUGCUGAGUGCGCUGUUAAACAACCAACCAACCAACCAACACCAAACUUUGGUUACUAGGGGCAUACCACUGUCCUAACCCAGAGCCCCUUCAGGGGAAUAUUGUGGUGUGAAGAGGGUGUUUGGUCAUGAUGCGGGUUGGCUUAAAAAUCUAGUUACAUGUAUGUAUUUUGACAUGGUAUAUGAGGUCAGUGUAAACAGCUUGUUAUUUUGAGCCUUAUGUAAAUAUAUUCACCAUUGUAACAUUUUCCGUUGCAUGUACAAACUUUUCAAAUGAUAUUGUGUGAUGUAAAAAUCCUGAACUACAUAAAUUAUAUUUGCUUUUCAUACUGGUAUGUAUUGCCUUUAAGCUAAAAUAAACAUUUAUAGUCUAUA